UCUCGUCUUUCAGGGGAAGGGCAUUUAUGAAAUUACACCCUCGUAAUCCUCGUUCGUUCAUCAGUGUCCGACGUGGCUCCCAACCUUUCUUCUCUCGUUCCCUCGCAAAAACCCUAAACCAGAAACGAUUUCAAUCGUAAAAAUUCAAUCUCAGCAUUUCAACAUUCCGCAAUAUCAAACUUCAAACUUCACAACAGUUUCAAUCGAGUUUACAAUAUGACCGCGUCGAAGAAAAACCACAAAGAGAAACCAAUUCGCCGCAAGGAAGAGAAACCGGAAGAACCUGAAUUGCCAAAAUACAGAGAUCGAGCUAAAGAACGUAGGGAAGAUCAAAAUCCUGAUUAUGAACAAACUGAACUUGGAUUUCAUGCUGUUGCUCCUCCUGGCACCGUUGAUAUUAGGGCAUCUGAUGCACACAAAUUGUCUAUUGAGAAGAGCAAGUACCUUGGAGGUGAUGUGGAGCAUACACAUUUGGUUAAAGGUUUGGAUUAUGCUUUGCUGAACAAAGUAAGGAGUGAGAUUGAUAAGAAGCCAGAUGCUGGGGAUGGGAAAUCCAGAGUGCCCAAGGAAGACCAACAAGUGUCAAUUCGCACGGCUACUGCCAAGUCAGUUUAUCAGUGGAUAGUCAAGCCACAGACCAUUAUCAAAACAAAUGAGAUGUUCCUCCCUGGUCGAAUGACACUUAUCUAUAAUAUGGAGGGUGGAUACCAUCAUGAUAUUCCAACAACUUUGCACCGUAGUAAAGCUGACUGUCCAGUACCCGAGGAAAUGGUUACAGUUAAUGUUGAUGGAUCUGUUCUAGAUCGAAUUGCUAAAAUAAUGUCAUACCUUCGCCUUGGUUCUUCUGGGAAGGUCCUAAAGAAGAAGAAAAAAGAAAAAGAUAUGAAAGGGAAGAUUUUAGCCGCCUUUAAUGGAUAUGACAAAGAGGAUAGUCUGGCAAAGGUUGAAGGUGUGGGGUCAAAGAAUCAAACAGAAAGAGAACCUAUCCUGCCACCUCCACCUCCCUUAAAGAAAAAUCCUAUUAUUUCAAGAGAGAACCAAGGUCCUGCUGUUGCUAGAACAGAAGACGAUGACAUUUUUGUCGGAGAAGGUGUUAACUAUGAGAUACCUGGUAAAGACUUGAGCCAAAGUCCUGUCUCUGAGGACAUGGAAGAAUCUCCUAGAAACAAAGAAAAACCUCAAUAUUUCGCUGAACCUACUUAUGGUCCUAUCCCACCUACUAUGAUGGCUCAAGGGUGGCAAGAAACUAAUGGAUAUGAUGUAAUGCAAACACAAGCCAUGGUUGGUGGCUACCAAGGGGAAUGGCAGGAGUACCAGUAUGCUGAACAACUGGCCUACCCUGAUCAAUAUCUUCAGCAAAAUAUGCAGGCUUAUGAUGUCCAAGAAGAUUUAAAUAUGCCACAAGAUCCACGUUUUAUGACUCAAGAAGAGAAGGAUCGAGGUUUAGGAUCAGUGUUCAAGCGAGAUGACCAGAGACUUCAACAGCUGAGGGAGAAAGAUGCUCGUGAGAAAGAUCCUAACUUCAUCUCGGAGAGUUACUCUGAAUGUUACCCUGGGUAUCAAGAAUAUAACCGUGAGGUAGUGGACAGCGACGAUGAAGCCGACUUAUCCAAAAUGGAUAUGGGAGGAAGGGCAAAGGGCCGUCUUCAUAGAUGGGAUUUUGAAACUGAAGAGGAAUGGGCCACUUACAACGAGCAGAAGGAAGCAAUGCCGAAAGCUGCAUUCCAGUUUGGUGUGAAGAUGCAAGAUGGUCGAAAAACCCGAAAGCAAAACAAGGACCAGAAGCUCAACAAUGAUUUGCACAAAAUCAACAAGAUACUUGCAAGAAAGAAGACGGAUAAGGAUGGGAAUGGCGAGGCUGGCCAUUAUGAGGAUGAGCCAACCCCUGGAAAGAAGCUUCGAGUAUGAGUCCUAUUCACCAGGCUGUAAUGUAAAAUUUUUAUAAUGAGAGGAGAUGUUUAUUUAAUUGAUAUUUUAAGGUGGUAAUGUAUUGAUAUUUUCUAUAUUUUUCUCAUCUAUAGAAACCUUGUUCAGGCUGUUUUGUCGUGUUCAUAGAAUGGAAAUAAUUGGCACUAAUAUUAACAUCUAGGGUCAACCAGUGUUGAUGAAAAAAGAGGACCUAAAUUUAUGGCUGGCUGCUGAAUAGAAUGGUUUGAUUUUCGAA